CGGCAGCAGCCAGCAGACGGCGGAAGAAAAGAGGAAGUGAAAACAGCAGCAGGACUUUCUGUACAGCAGCGACACCAAACACUACUGUCACACACACACACACACACACUCCGGACGUCUGCGCCUCUCCAGGUUUGGAUGAGCCUCCUCCAGUAGUAGUGAAGGAGGUGUGAGGCAACAAGACCCACACCAACCACCUUCGCCAGCAGCCAUGCCACCACCAGCAGACAUUGUCAAGGUGGCCAUUGAGUGGCCGGGGGCCUACCCGAAGCUCAUGGAGAUUGACCAGAAAAAGCCUCUCUCAGCCAUCAUUAAAGAAGUGUGUGAGGGGUGGUCCUUGGGGAGCCACGAGAACUUUGCUCUCCAGAAUGCUGACUCCACAAACUUCUACAUCACAGAAAAGAAUCGCAAUGACAUCAAGAAUGGCUCAAUCCUACGCUUGACCACCUCCCCUUUCCUGACUGCAACCAAGCUUCAUGAGCGAAUCCAAUCAUCCAGCAUGGAUGCCAAGUUAGAGGCGCUCAAAGACCUGGCCAGUGCAUCUCGGGACAUCACCUUUGCCCAGGAGUUCAUAAACCUAGAUGGCAUCUCGCUGCUCACUCAGAUGGUGGAGAGUGGAACUGAGCGCUAUCAGAAACUCCAGAAGAUUAUGAAGCCCUGUUUUGGUGACCUGCUAUCUUUUACUCUCACGGCCUUUGUUGAACUCAUGGACCAUGGCAUCAUCUCUUGGGACACGUUCUCUGUGGCCUUCAUCAAGAAGAUCGCUAGCUAUGUGAACAAGUCGGCCAUGGACACAGCCGUGCUGCAACGGUCUCUAGCCAUCCUGGAGUCCAUGGUGCUCAACAGCCAGGAUCUCUACCACAAGGUGGCGCAAGAGAUCACCAUUGGACAGCUCAUCCCACAUCUUCAGGGGACUGAUCAAGACAUUCAGACGUACACUAUAGCUGUGAUCAACGCUCUGUUUCUUAAAGCUCCUGAAGAGAAGAGACAGUUUGAUGAGCACAUUGUGGACAUCCUUAAUUGUCCCCUAACAGAGAUGGCGCAUAUUCUCGCCCAGAAACAGCUGCGCUCCAUCAUUCUCAGCAAUGUGAUCCGAAGCUCCAACGCCAUCAACGAUGAGAUGGCCCACCAGCUGUACGUGCUGCAGGUGCUCACCUUUAACCUGCGGGAGGACCGCAUGAUGACCAAGAUGGACCCCCAGGACCAGGCUCAAAGGGACAUCAUCUUUGAACUGAGGAGAAUUGCCUUCGAUGUGGAGUGCGAGCCCAACAACAGCGGCAGCAUCGAGAAACGGAAGUCCAUGUACACCCGCGACUACAAGAAGCUCGGCUUUAUUAACCAUGUGAAUCCUGCAGUAGAUUUUACCCAAAUUCCUCCAGGCAUGCUGGCUCUGGAUAACAUGCUGUAUUUUGCCAGACAUCACCAGGAUGCCUACAUCAGGAUCGUCUUAGAGAACAGCAGCCGUGAAGACAAACACGAGUGUCCGUUUGGCCGCAGCAGCAUCGAGUUGACCAAGAUGCUCUGCGAAAUUCUGAAAGUUGGCGAGCUGCCAAGUGAGAACUGCCAUGACUUCCAUCCAAUGUUCUUCACCCAUGAUCGCUCUUUUGAAGAAUUCUUCUGUAUCUGCAUCCAGCUCCUCAACAAGACCUGGAAAGAAAUGAGGGCCACAAGUGAAGACUUCAAUAAGGUAAUGCAGGUGGUGAGGGAGCAGAUCUUGCGAGCGCUGACUCUCAAGCCUAAUUCCCUGGACCAGUUUAAAAGUCGCUUGCAGAACCUGAGUUACACAGAGAUCCUGAAGAUACGCCAGUCGGAAAGGAUGAAUCAGGAAGACUUCCAGUCCCGCCCCAUCUUGGAGCUGAGGGAGAAAAUCCAGCCUGAGAUCAUGGAGCUGAUCAAACAACAGAGGCUAAACAGGUUGUGUGAGGGAACCUGCUUCAGGAAAAUCAGCAGUCGUAGGAGACAAGACAAGUUUUGGUACUGCCGUCUGUCUCCAAACCAUAAAGUCCUGCACUAUGGCGACCUGGAGGAGAACCCUCAGGGGGAGGUGCCCCACGACUCUUUACAGGACAAACUGCCUGUGGCUGAUAUCAAAGCUGUUAUCACCGGCAAGGACUGUCCUCACAUGAAGGAGAAAGGAGCCCUGAAGCAAAAUAAGGUAGAGGAGGUGUUAGAGCUGGCCUUCUCCGUCCUCUAUGAGUCAGACGAGUAUUUAAACUUCAUCGCUCCUGACAAGCAUGAGUACUGUGUGUGGACGGAUGGUCUAAACGCCCUCCUGGGGAAGGAAAUGACGAGCGAUUACACCAAAUCCGACAUGGACACUCUCCUCUCCAUGGAGAUGAAGCUCCGCCUCUUGGAUCUAGAGAACAUCCAGAUUCCUGAGGCCCCGCCCCCAAUUCCCAAAGAACCUAGCAACUAUGACUUUGUUUACGACUGUAACUAAGCGCACGAGCCCAGACCCACCCAGCACUGGACCCAUUCCCUUCCUUAUCAACUGGAACACAAAAUGUCAAAACCACAUCACCUAAAAAUGAACUGUGAGUGAAGGAAAGUGAAGCAUUUUCUCUUGUUACAAGUUGCUAACGGUGCGUAUGAAUAUGCACAUGAAGGACGCUGACACCGUAACCCAGGAAACCAGGAAGUAUUUUUGUCUGUUCUGUCGCUGGGCAUCCUGCGUCUUCUUCCUCACCAUUCCUGUCCAACGUGACCAACUCUGUACUCAUUUACUUCUUGCUGUCAUUUUGCUUGAAUGUCGUUGUGGACAAAAGCUUCGUAAUUCUGUU